UUCCAGAUGACCGGGACCGGUGAAUUGGGUCCACCGGACUUGCGUGACUCACUAAUGGUCUGAAGCACGCAAACAACCAUGGAGCGACGGGACGAACUCCACCGCUGUAGUAUAGCCAAGCAGACCAUACUCACCACCCAUCCCAGCGGUCUGCAGACCAGGGUUUCCGUCGAACUCGCCAAUUUCGACGCCUUAUGUGUCCACUCGGGAUGUAAAUCCAAGAAACCAGUAUGGGACAGCCCGUUUUUGAACAGACGGGGUAUUUUAGGAGGAGUUUCAGCAAAUGUUACUCCAAUACUUGGGAGGAGGAGUGAUGUGGUGAAUGAAGGGAGGUUGUCUCAGCAAUGUACCCCGGUUAUGAGGCGAAGGGAGGUGGAUAGUCCAGGGGGUUCACCGUUACCAUUGAGGAGGGAGUUUGAAGAGGAGGAGGGUUGUGAUGUGGACAAUAGUGUCAUCAGUGGUUGGUUGAAGUUCCGGGACAACAAACGGUGGAAGUCUCGGUGGGGCGUCGUCACCAAGCUGUCUCCCGCUGCAGAUUGCCUCCACCUGCAACUCUACCGGGACCCAAAGGACCGCUACAAGAAGGGACAGACGAAGGCUUCCCUCUCACUCCAACACUUCCUCGGCUUCGAAUCGGGGUUCAACCUCGACAAGGAGUCCAACACCAUUGCGAUCAUCUGCCAAGAUGUCACUGUGGUACUUGCCUUCGAGAGCAGAGAAAGGCUGAUAGCAUGGCAAGUGAAAGUGGGAGGUCAACUGGGGUCUUCCAAGGAGUACCUGGUGAUGAUAGGGGGCGGCGGUUCGAGGAAGCUGCCCGCUGGACCAGCGAGGUUGCAUCUUCAAGGGAGAAGAUUUGCUCUCACCAGCGGUGUGCCUCCACGCCUACUUGGGUUAUGGGAGUUGGCUCAUUUGAGGCGUUACGGCGUGGUGGAGGGGCGGUUCUGCUUCGAAGGCGGCUCCCACUGUGGGAAAGGCGAGGGCCUCCACAUGCUUAUCACGGACCAGGCUCAGGACAUCGCAGACGCCUUUGAUGACGCCGCUCAAGGAAAACUUCAGCAACGAACAGGAUCCCAGAGUACUGGAACUGACCGUGGAUCAAAAUCUCGACCGAAUACGAGAUUAUCAGACUUUAACACAGCUGACCAAAGUCUACUAGACACCGCUAGUGCUCUAUACGAAGAAAACUACUUUGGAGAAGACUGUGGAGAAAUUUCACCAAUCUGGCCAUCAGCAGAAAGACGAGGAGGAUUCGAUGAAAGAGAAUAUAGACCAGAUACAGAGAUGAGCGUAAAACCACCUUGGAGUGGCGCAGAUCACGUCACAUUAGAGAGAUGUUACAAUUGUUUGACUAAACUUGGUAUGUCUGGACCUUCAACAGUAGCUCUAAACACAGGUGGCCACUUCAACCCAGAGUGGACAAUGGAAGCAGUCCCUGAAAGCAGUUCAGACAAGUCUUCCAAUAGUGCAGACUACUUUACAUCAAAUCCCAGUAGAAAUCAAGACACAUGCCAGUGCAAAGAUCAACCUCCACAAAGGCCUCCAAAGCCUGCACAGUAUGACAAAAAGAAACCACCAGCUCCUUUACCCCAACAAGGUUGUAACUGUAAAUCAAAUGAAAACUUUUAUCCCAGCAGCAAUCCCAAAGUAGGCCCCUAUGAAAAUUACGAUGUGCCCAAAGUUGUACAUAACGAGGUAGUGGAUAACGCAGAAUACUAUGACACACCAAAAAGGAUCAAAAAAGCGCUAGCUGAUGAUCUGUUUCAAGUCACCAAAACAUCUACACCAGGUUCACUGGUAUUAAAGAAAAAAUGUGGUUGUAUUCUGAAAUUUGCUUCAAAAAAGAAGCCAGUCAUAGUCGAAACCGAUGAAAGUUUACAACCAGUUGACUGUCCGUGCCAAAAAGUAACAAACUGGGCUAAUACCUUAAUUAGUCUACCUUAUUGUAAAAGAAGUUCAAGUACUGAAAGAUUAAAUUCGGAACUUUUUAACAAUACCAAAACAGAUGACACUGCUAUUUAUGCUACUGUAGAUGUUUCUCGAAAAACAAACAGACAAAGUACUGUUUCCGAUCAAGACAAAGGUCGCGAAGAAGCUUGUUCCACAGUAUUUACUAACUAUCAAAACGUGGACGUAAAGGAAGAUAAAGAUUUCGAAGGCCCGUAUGCAAAUUAUGAAAAUCUUGAAUUUGCAUUGUCUUUAGAAUAUUAUGAAAAUGCAAAGGAUUUGCUAAAGAAAGCUGGCGUCACACAAAGUGAACUAGACGCUCUCAGUGCUAAUAUAGAAUUAGCUGCAGCUUUACCACCAAAACCAAAGUCAUGUUUAAAAUGUCACCAUUCUAAACCUUUAACUGGAAAUGAAAUUCAAAAUAAAACUGACGAAUAUUUACUGAUGGAGCCACCCAAUGAUGUCAGGCGAAAUUUGGUUAAUCGAAACGUUGGUCUUAAUCCUGGUUACACACCUAUGUCUCCAAACCCUAAUUGGUCACAAAGUUUGAAGCAUCCAAUCUCAAAAGUUCAUAGAGCAGAAAUAGAGAAAUCGUUAAGUAUACCUACGCUUAAUGGUAGUGCAUGUCACACGUAUGACGUUUCGCCUAAUAACAAAGAAGCAAUGCAGAAACGAUCAAGUUCAGUAGACUCAGCGAGGCUGUUAGAAGAUUUGAAAGAAUUCGAUAGUAGCAUAGGCAGUCAUGCUACCACAUCAUCUAUGGAAACGCUAAGGAACCUGGCUUUAGAAAAUAGAUUCGCUUCCCCUUGCGAUAAUGAGCGUGAAUGCUACGAAUGCUGUAAAUCUUCUGCAUCCGAAAAUAAGACUUCCGAAGAGUGUUCUUCUAAAGACAUACCUCAUUUACGAAAUAAGCAUAUGGAUAAUGCGGCUAUCAAAAGAUCAUCUAGUGUACCUUGCAAAGGGGGUAAUCGAGAUUCAUCAAGCUCUAAUGAUUCGGGUGUAUCGAGUUGUUCCUUAAAACACGGUGGUGGUGAAUUCCAAGAGUUCGAAAUGCCACUUACGUCAGGUAGCUCCAGAUAUCAUUACAUGGUACACAAGAGGAUGCGAGGAAAUCUCGCAGGAUCUAUUCACUCGUCUCUACCUCGGAAAUCCAAGUCAUCAGAUCCUUUGAGAGACCAACCGAUGCAACUACACAAAACUCAUGUUCCUGCUAAAUCAUCCUCUGCAGAAGCUGAAGUUCCUGUAUUACCCCCGAAGCAGUUCAAAGGUGUUUUGGAUACGCACAGCACAUCGAGCGGAACAUCUGAUAUGUCAGAUUACAUUGAAACAUUAUCACUGAAUUCAUCACACUCUUCGUCUGACACUCAAAGUGGAUUAAGGAUAAGUCGACAACCAACGAACACACUUCGACCUCGUUCGGGCAAAGAGUACCACAACCUGGAUCCCAUAAUCACGUCUAUGUAUAAGAACGGGAAGAACCUGGGAAACUAUACAAAUCUACCAUAGACUAACAAGAUAAUGAUAUUUUGAUUGAUUUAUACAACACAGAAAAUAAUGAAACUGGUAAAAUGGCUGACUAUUAAAAAAAGUGGCAGAAAUUGAC